AAAUCUCGGGCAUAUCAGAACUUGGCCUACAAAUGCUGGGAACACUUCCAGGCAUGUGGGAAACGGGAAGAAUUGGACGAGACUAUCGCCCUUCAACGCUCUGCGCUAUGCUUUCUCCCAGACGGGCAUUGUGAUUUUUCAGAUGAGCUGCAUCGCCUCGCGCUUUAUCUAGGCAAACGAUAUGACCGAUGGCGGAGGAUGGAGGACUUGGAGGAAGCCAUUGCGCUGGACCGUGCUGCUCUGACUCUUCGUCCUGAGGGCCAUCCGGAUCGAUCUCUUUCAUUGGAGAACCUAGCACUUUCUCUGUACAACAGGUAUAAGCAAAGCAGACGGUCAGAGGACCUCGAAGAAUCAAUCGAACUGUGUCGUGCUGCUCUGACUCUUCGUCCUGAGGGUCAUCCGGAUCGAUCUCUUUCAUUGGACAAUCUAGCACUUUCCCUGCAGGACAGAUAUCAGCAAGGCAGACAGUCAGAGGAUCUCGAAGAAUCAAUCAAACUAUACCGUGCUGCUCUAAUUCUUCGUCCUGAGGGCCAUCCGGAUCGGUAUCAUUCAAUAGAGAAUCUAGCAUAUUCCCUGUACGACAGAUAUGAGCAAAGUAGACAGGUGGAGGACCUCGAAGAGGUGAUCAUACUGCACCGUGCUGCUCUGAUUUUUCGUCCUGAGGGUCAUCCAGAUCGAUCUCUUUCAAUGGAGCAUCUGGCAAUUUCCCUGCAGGACAGAUAUCAGCAAAACAGACAGUUGGAGGAUCUCGAAGAAUCGAUCGAACUGCACCGUGCUACGCUGACUCUUCUUCCUGAGGGCCACCUAGAUCGGUCUCAUUCAUUGGGCAGUCUAGCAAAUUCCCUGUUCAACAGAUAUGAGCAAAGCGGACGAUCGGAGGACCUUGAAGAAUUGAUCGAACUGUACCGCGCUACGCUGAUUCUUCAGCCUGAGGGCCACCCGGAUCGGUCUCAUUCAUUGAGCAGUCUAGCAGGUUUCCUGCAUGACAGACACAAGCAUGGUGGUCAAUCCAUGGAUCUUGAGGAAGCAGUCAAAAUGUUCCGUGCUGCUCUGCCUCUUCUUCCCGAAAGUCAUCCGGAUCGAUCUCAAUCACUGAACGGUCUAGCAAAUUCCCUGGACACUAGAUACAAGCAAAGUGGUCGGUCCGAGGAUCUUGAAGAAGCGAUCGAAAUGCAUCGUGCUGCCCUGCUGCUUCGCCCUGAGGGUCACCCAGAUCGGUUUAAUUCAUUAGGCGAUCUAGCAGUAUCCUUGUACUAUAGAUACAGACAAACCAAUCGGCCAGAGGACCUUGAAGAAAUGAUUGAACUGGAGCGUGCUGCUUUGUUCCUUUGCACUGAGGGUCAUCCUAACCAGUGGGUUUCAUUGACCAAUCUGGCAUCGUAUCUGGGAACCAGAUACCAGCGAGACGGACGGUCAGAGGACAUUGAGGAAUCGAUCCAACUGCACCGACAUGCUCUGACUCUUAAUCUUGAGGAUCAUCCGGGUCGGCCUUACUCAUUGGCCAAUCUAGCAACUGCCUUGCGUGCUAGAUUCAAACGAAGCAAACAGCCGGAAGACAUUGAAGAAUCGAUCAAAAUGAGCCGCACUGCUCUGACUCUUCUCUCCGAGGGUGAUCAAAUUCUGUCUCAUUCACUGGACAAUCUCGCACGUUCCCUGUACGAGAGAUACACGUACAGCCCUCAAUUAGACACCCUCGAAGAAUCGAUCGGGUUGCACCAUGCAGCUCUCAAUCUCUGUCACGAAGGUCAUCCGGAACAUGCAUACUCGUUACACAGGCUCACGCAUCCGUUGUUCUCUCUAUUCGAAAAGCUCGGAGAUAAGGACAAUUUUGAGGAGUGUAUGCGAUUGCUAGAAGAGGCAGCGGGUCAUGCAUUCUCCAGUUCAUUGGAUCGUCUGGAGGCCGCGCAACGAUGGACAUAUCUCGCACGAUCACAUGAUCACCAUACUGCUCUUCAAGCGUACACUCAAGCAAUUUCGCUCUUGCAACGAACUCUUAUUGUCAAUCCUACUCUUCACGCGCGACAUGACUUUCUUGUUAGAAACAAUGAAUUUAGAUCUUUUGCCUCAGCAGCUGCCUCAUAUGCCAUAGAGAAGAACAAACCUGGCCAGGCCGUCGAACUGUUGGAGCAGGGAAGGGCGUUGCUUUGGUCACAGAUGCGUGGAUUCAGGACUCCUCUUGACCAGCUUGCAGAAGUAAAUAAAGAGCUCGUCGACAGCUUUCGAUCCGUUAGUCGUCAACUGGAGGAUCUCGCAACAUCUUCUGAGACCCCACACGCCAGCUUUAUUCUCACGGAAGAGCAGGAGAGGCUGGUAGAGAGGAUACGACGAAUACCCGGAUUUGAAAAUUUCCUCAUGGGUGUGCCAUUCAAAACGCUGCGACUUUCGGCUUCAGAGGGUCCCGUCAUCGUGGUAAAUCAUUGCGAAUAUCGAUCCGAUGCUCUCAUUGUUCUCUCCCAGGAGGAUUGUCCGACUGUCUGUGUUCCGAUGGACUCGAAUUUCUAUCGUGAUAGUACUGAUUUGUGCAAGAACCUCCUAGAAACACGCAAAAACUAUGGGGCUGACUCGUUGGAAUAUGAUAGGAUCCUCCGUCACACGAUGGAGGUGUUGUGGAACAGAAUGGUUUCUAAAGUUGUCAACAAGCUCAAGGAGCUCGGGAUUGCAGAAGGAUCACGUAUUUGGUGGUGUCCGACAUCUGUGCUAACUUCACUUCCCUUCCAUGCUGCAGGUCCGUUCAAGGAUGCAGACGGUAAUACAAAGUAUCUGCUGGACAUAUACGUCUCGUCAUAUACUCCGACACUCGGAGCGCUCAUUAAGGCACGAUCAGGUGACAAUUUUGAAGAACCAACAGUGCUUGUUAUCGGGGAUGACUCACUUUCUUCGGCUAGAGGGGAAAUUCGUAACAUCCGAAAUUGUGGCAUAAGCACUAAUCUACUCCUCAAGACAGCAUCUCGUGGUGCAGUGAUUAGAGCACUUAGGAAAACAGCAUGGGUCCACUUUGUUUGCCACGGGAACUUAGAUUCAAAGCCUUUCGAGUCUUCCUUCAAACUCCCUGUUCUCGAGCAGGGCCUGGAGCAAGAUCGCAGGCAGAACCAGAAGUUGACUUUACUCGAUAUCAUCCAAGCCGAUCUUCCAAACGCAGAGUUCGCAUACCUUUCUGCCUGUCACACUGCCGAACAACCUCAUGAUAGCGCGCAUGAUGAAGUACUUCACCUGGCUGCAGCAAUGCAGUUCUCUGGGUUCCGGAGUGUCAUUGGAUCAAUGUGGGAGUUCCUUGAUAAAGACGGACCCUUUAUGGCCAGGACAAUUUAUGAGCAUAUGUGGGAGUGUGGUGAGGGUGAGGCGAGGCAUAAGCGGGCGGCUGCGGGACUUUGCAAAGCAGCUAUAGAGCUGAGAGCGUUACCUGAUGUUCAGACUGAGAGAUGGGUUAACUUGGUUCACAUUGGGGCUUGA